CCGGACCGGCGUUCUCUCUCUCCAUGUUACGGACGAGAGGAGCGGCAGUGUUUGUGACAAAUGACCUGCGUCCAUAUGGUUCGCUUGACUUGCAUCCAUUUGGUUCGCUGUCGUCCUUGGAGGCCCGGAUUUCAAUCCCCUCCCGGACCGGCGUUCUUUCUCCGUGUUACGGACGAGAAGAGCGGCCGUGUUUGUGACGAAUGACCUUCGUCCAUAUGGUUCGCUUGACCUGCGUCCAUUUGGUUUGCUUUCGUCUCCGAAGGCGCGGGUUCACGACCACCCUCACGCAUCUUUGCUGUCACCUACGUUUAUAUGCUGCCAGCUACGCACAUUUCCUGUCACCUACGUUUAUAUGCUGCCAGCUACGCACAUUUCCUGUCACCUACGUUUAUGUGCUGCCAGCUACGCACAUUUCCUGUCAUCUACGUUUAUGUGCGGCCAGCUACGCACAUUUCCUGUCACCUACGUUUAUGUGCUGCCAGCUACGCACAUUUCCUGUCAUCUACGUUUAUGUGUGGCCAGCUACGCAUAUUUGCUGUCGCCUACGUUUAUGGGUGGCCAACUACGUAUUUUUCCUGUCGUCUACGUUUAUAGGCGGCCAGCUACGUAUUUUUCCUUUCUACGUUUAUUGAUGGCCAGAUACUUAUUUUUCCUGUCGCCUACGUUUUUGUGCGGCUAGCUACGCAUAUUUGCUGUCGCCUACGUUUAUGGGUGGCCAGCUACGUAAUUUUCCUGUAGACUACGUGUAUGUGCUGCCUCUAUAGAUCUUUCACUUUGCACUUCUAAUUCUCUUCCUGAUUUUCGUUGGUGGGUCUUACCGGACUUGUAUGGCAGUGACCACUUUCCAAUUUUUUUGGAACGCAUUGAUUCUGUACCACAGUCACGCCUUUCUCGCUGGCAUCUAGAUAAAGCAGACUGGCAGCGUUUUACGGAACUUAGCUCCUCUCUUCGUCCGUUGGCUGACUUUGGAACUUCUGACGAGGCUGCAUCCUAUUUCACUGAUGCCUUACAUUCUGCAGCCCUUCAAUCCGUCCCCAGGACGUCUGGCCAGUUCCCUAAACGUCCUGUUCCCUGGUGGAACGCCGCUUGCACUACUACUGUGCAAGAGAAGCGUGCUGCAUUCUCUCGACUCCGUCGUCACCGUGGGGACCCCCAGUGUUUGGAUGCUUUUCGGCGAGCGCGUGCUCGAGCACGACACACUUUCAAGGAGGCUCAACGAAUUUCUUGGAAGGCUUAUGUCUCUUCCAUCACUACCAGAACUACACUCACAGAAGUCUUUAACAGAGUUCGUAAGAUCUCUGGGAAGUUUGCCCCCCCUUCCCCUCCAGUGUUAUCGCAUGCAGGGGAAACGGUGGCGGACCCUAAGACUGUUGCUGAACUAUUCGCCAAGCACUUUGCCAGUGUCUCUAGGAAAUAUCCUACUACACCAGGGGCUCGUCAUCGCCGGGAUUUGGAAUCACUCGGCGUUAACUUCGCUUCCACCGGAGGGGAAUCUCAUAAUAUCCCAUUUUCUCUCUCCGAGUUGAAGACGGCUUUAUCCCAGUGUCAUGAUUCCUCGCCAGGUCCAGACGACAUCCCUUAUGCUUUCUUACGCCACAUGUCUGACUGUGGUUUUACAUUUUUAUUGGAUCUUUACAAUUUCAUUUGGCGUACCGGUGAUUUUCCAUCUCUGGAGUGUGGCUGUAAUUCUCCCCAUUCUGAAGCCUGGGAAAGAUCAUCUCCAAGCAACUAACUAUCGUCCUAUUUCUUUAACAUCCUGCAUUUGUAAAGUGAUGAAGGUGGUGAAUGUCAGGCUUAUGUGGUACUUGGAGAGCCGGAAUUUAUUGACCCCGGUGCAAUAUGGUUUCCGAAAGAUGCGCUCCACUUCGGAUGCUCUUUUAUCCUUGGAGUCCUCAGUUUGUGAGGCGUUUGCCAAUAAUCACCACCAGGUGACCGUGUUUUUUGAUCUGGAGAAGGCCUAUGACGCCGCUUGGUGUCAUGGAAUUUUACUUAACCUGUUUGAGUUUGGUCUUCGUGGCCGUCUCCCUGUUUUUCUUCAGGAGUUUUUAUCUCAUCGUCUUUUACGGGUUAGAGUGGGGAGUACUCUUUCCGAGGUUUGUCCACUUGAGGAUGGUGUACCACAGGGAAGUAUUCUCAGUGUUACGCUAUUUGCUGUGGCUAUUAAUGGAGUCGUUGGUGUCCUGCCUGAUGGAGUUCAUAGCUCCUUAUAUGUAGAUGAUUUAUCCAUUUCGUUUUCUACGGCAAGGAUGUCGUUGAUUGAACGAAAAAUGCAAUUGACUAUUGAUAGUCGCCAAUUGGGCAAAUACGCGCGGUUUUCGAUUUUCGUCCUCAAAGACAGUAGCUAUGCAUUUCUGUCGUCUUCGAGGCGUUCAUCCGGACCCUGACUUAUAUCUUGGUAAUAGGCGACUGUCCUGUGUAGAGAGGACUCGUUACCUCGGUCUUUUAUUUGAUAGCCGCCUAACCUGGGUACCCAAUUUACGUUACGUUAAGGCGGUUUGUCAGAAAGCCCUGUCCCUCCUUCGUGUUUUACCUCAUACCUCUUGGGGUGCAGACAGGGACACGCUACUCCUCCUCCACAGAACACUCCUCCUUUCCAAGUUGGAAUAUGGCUGCGAGGUAUACUCCUCCGCCAAGGAGGCUCACCUACGCGUGUUGGACUCAGUACAUCACGCCGGGGUCCGCUUGGCUACUGGUGCAUUCCGGUCUUCACCGAUACCUAGCCUCCUCGUGGAUGCUGGCGUCCUGCCUCUGGAUUUGAGACGCCAGUCCUCUCUAUUCCGUUGCUGGUUCAGCGUCCAACGUAUUCCAGAAUCAGUUCCUUGUGUGUCAAUUUUGCGGGAUUCCCGUUCGCCUGCAUAUGAUGAGCGACCUAGUCUCCCUAAACCUUUUGGGUUUCGGGUAGCGUCUGCCAUGACACCGCUGUCUUUCCCUCCCAUUCCUAUCUGCCCUUAUCGAGUACCUAGGGUUGGAUACUGGCAGUUGCCCGGUGUAUCCGUGUGUUCUCACACUAUAGAUAGUAAGAGGGAUUUACCGCCAUAUGCGUCCCGAGCCUUAUUUUUAGAGCAUUUCACUGAACACUCGGACUCCAUCCCUGUCUUUACUGAUGGCUCUAAAUUGGAUGCUGGAGUUGCCUUUGGUGUUGUGUUCCCCUCCUUCUGUCGGGGAGGUAGUCUUUCUUCUGUUGCUUCUGUAUUUACUGCAGAGCUGUCUGCAAUAGUCCUCUCUUUACAGAUUAUUUUUACGCUUUCUGUGGACUCUUUUAUGAUUUUUAGUGAUUCUCGUAGCGCUUUCUGAGCUGGGCUCCUUUACUCCCUCUGUUAAUCCCCUAGUUUUAUCUGCUCUCGAGUGGCUGUAUUUGCUCAGCAACAGGGGAUAUCGCGUUGGGUUUUGUUGGGUUCCAGGACACGUUGGCGUACACGGGAACGAACGAGCUGAUGGACUUGCAAGGGAGGCAGCAGCUAGAGCUGCCCCUCCUAGUGCUGUCCCAUGUACAGAUGUUUCCAGAGAUUCGCAAGGCAAUUCUUGCCAGUUGGCAGGAGAGGUGGAAUGCUCGGGGUGCGACUUCCAAAAUGGGAGAGAUUACCAGGACUGUGUCUCGUCCUUGGUCAUACGAAAGUGUCCGUGACCGUCGCUCGCAGACAGCCUUGACCCGUCUUCGGACGGGUCAUACGCGUCUAACACAUGGUUACCUCAUGUCCCGGGGAGUGCAGCCUUAUUGUGAUGACUGCUUGGAUCCCCUGACCGUGCGGAACUUGCUGGUCGAGUGCCCCAGUUUGGGGGACCUGCGAGUGCGAUACCUGUCGCAGUGUCGGGGAGAAGACGGAUCAUUCCGCCUCUCGCUAAUGCUGGGAGGGAGAUGCCUUUCCCCGGGACAUGAGGUACUUCUCUUUUUGGAGAAGGCUGGCCUUCUCCAUAAGUUAUGACCGUUUUCUGUGUGAUUUGUUUCGUCUCGUUUUGUUUGGCUUUGCUCUUAGUUUACUUUUUUAGGUUCCUUUUUUAGCCCUUUUAGUUUAGUUUUGUUUUCCUUUUUUUAGUUUUUAACUCAUUGAAUGCGGCGCCAUAUGACCCUGGCUGUUGCGGCGCCUAAUUUAAAUCAAUCAAUCAAUCAAUCAAUGGCAUAGUCCAUUUGCGGCAGUUUACGGAUAUUUCCGGAGGCAAACAUUUAUUUGUGGGCAGCACUGCAGUACAUUUGCGGCAGCCUACGAAAUAGAAUUCGUUGGGCCAGGUACUUUGAUAUACAUAGAUAUUAAGACCACACAGACCCUAUGGUCCAGACUGGGUGGUCUGUCCUUAAACGUAUGAGUUGAAGGCAGGAGCUGGCGGCUAGUGCAGAGGCCUUCAACUUUAAUUCUUUCAACUUGCGGACAUGUUCCAGUCCUUUCUAAAGUUUUUCGGCCGUCAGGAGACACAACUCUGUGUCGGCCCUUUACAGCCCUCCUUCAGAUCCUACCAAGGAGGACUUAGAGCGUCCGCCGACGCCGCUCUAGGAGCCCAUACCUAUCGACGCCCCACUUUAAAGGCGAAGGGAGUGUCGGAGCCCUCAACCUCUCAUGUUCCUCUUUGUCACACUUGUCGUUCGCUACCCAUUCUCAGGCUCUGGCGACUACAGAGAAAGGAUUUGGCCCCUCUCUCCUUCUGUCGACAUGCUUAGCUCUGGUCGACUGAGUGGGGGAGCACCUCAAAUUACUCCGUGAGGCUCCAAAUCUUUUCCCCACUCUCAGGACCCUGUGCAAAGAUGCCUGGCAGCUGAUACACCACCAAUCAAGAUAAUGGUGCCCCAAGCGUCAGCUCCUCUCCAGCAGCGGUCAGCCAAGCCACAAUAAGACGUGCUAACAAUCCGCCUAUUGAAGGGGAGGGUUGACCCCGUUUGCGUCUCUCGCAGGAAGCAGGAUUCCAUGCAAGAGCACUACCACCGGGGGAAAGCCAGAAUAGAGGAGACAACUCAGUGACUCUCCGUUCCCAGGCAGGACGCAUGGGCAGGGAAAGGAUGGGCACCCGCGGUCGUCAGACAAAGGCUGACCUGGCCUUGAGCCUCUGAUCACGGGACGAGUUUCCUCCAAAGUUUACGAAGGUUCCCAUGAACGUUUUCCUUACAAAGAGGCGUAAAGAGAACGGUUGGGAAAGUUUUUCUCUCCCGUGUUUUCACUGUGCCAAAGAAAGACCUAAGCUAAUCGAAGUCAUACAUCAAAACCUUCAAAUUUCGAUUGCUAUCGCUCCAACAAGUGAGGUUACUGCUCCGACAACAUUACUGGUUGUCAGCACUUGAUCCGCAGGACACUUACUGGCACAGUCCCAUCCACCCUCGUCCCGUUGGUUUCUCGCUUUCCAGGUUGGAGAGGUAACUUUCAGUUUGCCAGGUUUCCACUGGGACUCGAGGUUGCCCACGGUAAGGCUAUCUGAGGUUAUAAACCUUGGCUUCAAACUCUUAAGUGCUUCAGUUCCUCACCAUGUCUCGCAGACGAUGCGAAUCCCUGUUGGGCUUCUUCGAUUCCGGGUUCCUCCCUUUUUUCUUUAGGAGUACCCCAACCUGGAGGGCAAGACUAUCUGCUUCGACAACUAUAACAUGACAGCGAUCCAAUGCCGCGCCAAGCAUGGCAUCUCCUGUUCAUGAAAACCUGCUGUCACUGUCGGAACAAAUAUCUGCCCUGGCGGCAUUACGUCGCAUUUCACUGUCAAUCCACCAGCUCCAGGGGAAAACAACGGGUGAGCAGAUGCUCUCUCCCGCUUCAAGAGGUCCUCAGUGGUACGGACCUUAAAAUGGGAGUGUUUCGAGAAACUAUGCAUUGAGGGGGGGACACCGCAGAUCGAUCUCUUUGCCUGCAAGUCACCGUCCAGGCUUCCCGAGUUCCUCGUCAGAGGUGUUCGGAAAACGGAGGGCGGUCCAGACGCUUUUACCGAACAAUGAAACAGGUGGGACUUUUUUUUUUGUCCCCUCCUCCAGGCACCAGCCUAGAAUGGAAAGUGUUGCAUAGCCCGAAAUCCUUCAGGGGCGGGUUAGUUGUUAUUGAUAGCGUAGUGGUGGUCAUCACAACCAUGGUUCACGGUACUUAACCAGUGGUGCAUGUCCUCCUCCCCCGCCAGAAGCUCAUGCUAUCGAGGAGAUUCGUCCCGGCAGACACUUUUUUCCACGCUGGCACUUCACGCAUAGAGUUUCUCAGGCCUGUCAAGCACGCAUCGUUCCCUCAAAGGCCGUAUAGGACAUGCUUUCCUCUUUUCGUCCUUUCUCUUCUCUUAAGACAUUACGAAUCUCAUUGGAAGGGUUUCCGAUCCUUCGUGAGGGUAUGACAUAAAUAAAUAAUCACUGAGGUAAGUCUUGGAAUUUCUUUUUUGUCUUUCCCACAUUAAGGGAAGACUUCAUCUUCAAUUGCAACUCACCUUGCCGUCCUGGACCCGGAUUCAUCGAUCAAUCUUACCAACCACGCCUCUGGUAUCUCUCGCAUUUACCGGAGCGCUACCAGAGCUGCGGCAUCUUUCAACCGCGGGAUUCAUCAACGGCAUGGUAACGCUCCGGUAACUCGCACCCUAGCAACGAUUGGUUGGGCUGGAUAGCCAAUCACGUGCGACCUUUCAUAAUGUAUUUGGGCUUUCACGUGUCGUUUGUUUACUAAUACACAGACUUCAAAAUCAAGACAUGUGUAUUGUACAGAGGGAAAUACUGCCUUAAAACAAAUAAUUAGCGUUGUAAUCCCUCAAUAAGAUGUGUUUUUCACGAAUGAAGGCACAUUACUUGUAUAUUUAUCUUGGAAAUAAAAAUAUAAUCGCUUAUACAAUAUUCUGCACGUUUCUGUAUGUUACCUUCAUAGUUUCCGUCAUUUGGUGAGCAUUCUGUUGCAUAUGGAUAAUAAUAAUGAAGGUUCGGCGACGCUAACGCCAGAGGCGCGCCUCACUUUCAAAACAUGGCGCCAGCUGUGAAAAGAAGGCGGCCCAAUUUCUCAAACUAGGAAAUUUUAGCCCUCAUCACAGGGGUGAGGCAAAGAUGGGAAAUCCUCACAGGGCCUCUGUCCUCCACCGCUGCAGCCAAGCAUCGAGCUUGGGAAGCUGUGGUGGAGGAGGUCAACGCCGUGAGUGGGGUUGGGCGCAGCGUGGAGGAGGUGCGCAUGAAGUUCUCCGAUUUCAAGCGCCACACCAAGAAGUUGGGAGAAUUAAGACGUGAGGCGACUUGCACAAGUGAGAAUAUAUCCUCUGUAGUGUUUUAAAAAACAGUGAACAGUCAUGGAGGAACAGUUCUCCAGCCUGUAAUAGAUUUCACAUUUUUGAAAUUUGGUUCCUUAUUACCUUAUUAACUUUUAUUAUCUGAUGUUCCUGAUUCAUUUGUAUAUUAUGCUAUACAACAAAGCUCGUUCUGAUGCUCCUGGCAACAUUGGGAGGCAUAUUGGAGUGUCUCGGUGUUAACAAACUUAUUAACUUUGUUGAAGUUAACUGCAAUAAUGUUGGUGUUAUACAUUUCAUUGAAUUUAAUCUGUAUAUAAUAAUAGUAUAUUUUCCUCUUGGUAGCUUUUCCGAUAACUCAAAUUUAAUGUAGUUUUUUAUAUUCUUUAUGUCCUUCAAUAGAAGUAGCCAUCAUGGGUGACUUUACCUCGAAUUCCUUGGUACCAGAGAGAACACCUGUCAGUAAAAAAAUACUCCACUUCAUGAACAAUUUGUGGACUGCUUCACUUCUUAGGGUCUUCACUGGUGGAUCUCUGCCCCGACCUAUGUUUCAUCUUGUAACAUACUGGAUUUGGAUGGGGCUAGAGUAGGAGAUGUACCUAGAUAUAUUGGGCAAUUUUACCAAAUUUGGUCACUGUCUGCUAAUCUUCCAGUAAUAUUUCCAGACCAGUCAGUAGGGAAGUUAGCUCUAAUUGGCUAAAUAUGAAUGGUAUAGUGGUAAAUUCAACAUAAUUAGCUUCUUAUGGCAUGAUAGUGAUUGAUUAUGAAAUCUGCAACAGCUGUGUUAUGCCACAUUAUCUAGACUGAAGCUCUCAACAAGUCGUCCUUGCCUUGGAACAUUUCAAGUACCCUAAGGACAGGUACUGAAACUACUUUUUUGUAUUUUCAGUUGGCCCUUGAUAGAUCCCUCAUCAAUAAGAUGAAAAGUUCCCCAAAAUCCUUUAAUCAUUAUAUUAGAAUAAAAAACUUAGCACUCAUUCCGUGGGUCCUCUUAGACUAGCUAAAGGUUAUGCAACCGCUGAAUGUGAGUAAUGGCAGACAUUCACUAGAAAAUUUUCUUGUUUAUAUUACCCAUGAAUUAAAUACCCCUUUCUCCUAUCAACUGUCUGACUCUUCUGUCACUAACAUAACUAUUUCCUUUGAAGUGGUAAGGCAAAGACUAUUUUCUCUAGACAUUAAUUCUAUCAUGGGUCAUGAUGGUUUUCAUCGCUGUCUUUGCAGUCCCUCAUCCCUCUAUUAAAAACAUCUAACUUAUAGGGUUUAUAUGUUAACAAACACAGAUAACUGUUUAUAUCACUAAUUAUUGUUUUUCAAAUAUUAGAAUAAUGCAUAAAGAGGUAAUAAGUUAAUAUUUAAGUUAGUGCCGUCACUAUGCCAGGGGCCACUUUUGCGGAACUUUGGUGGAAAUAGCUGUCUAUUUUGGCAAAGACAGGUAUAACAGUGUUGGGGUAGUUAUUCAGGUAAUGAUUCAGAAUAAGUUUAUGCAUAACUGCAUUGCCAUGUACUAUUUUUUUAACAAAAUUGUACAGGUGGCGGCUCUGUACAAACAGACACCCUUACCGAUGCUGAUGCAUGGCGCAGGUGCUGGACCCUGCAGUUGUAGCGGGUGUGAGAUCUGGUUUAGAAUCAGAUCCUCGUCCAACACCUUCUGUGUCUGCAGCUGCUGCAGACACAGAAGUGUGUAGAAUCUUCCUUUCGGAGGAUUCUAUGACACCCGCACUUCUGCAAGGCCCAUCACAGCCCCCUCCUCACCAUCCCUGCCCUACUCCUACUCACCAGCUGGCCCCUGAAUUGGCACGUGUCCACCGUGCCCCAGAAACUCAAUCUCCCCCUGAUGUAGGAGCGGCACCUCACGCCUCCACCAGAAGACACAAGAGGGUUAAUCCACCAGUUGGGCCAAAAAUGGUGGAAAUUCAAGAAGAUAUCCUUCUUGAAGUGAGGAGGCUGAGUGGUACUAUGGACUUUUAUUAUUUUGCAUUUGUAGCAUAACAUGAAUUAUACCAUAAUCUAUUCUGUUAAGGUGGAUCCCUAGAUCUUACCUUAGUAUAUUAAGACACUGCUGACUGGCUGUUGGCAGGGAGGGUAUCUGACAAUUUUGGCAUCUAAAACACUAUCCUAUAAUCAAGAAAUAUUAGUAUUCCUUUACUUAGCUCAUCUGAUAUAGAUAAGUUUAUUUUGUUGAGAACAUUGGAAUAAGCAGUGAUUCCACAACUAUUAACACAAUUUUCCAUCCUCAAUUGUUAAUAAUUACGGUGAGUAGAAGUCAGAGAACAACAUUUAAUGAUAAUAUAUACUUUCAUUUUUUAUCAAUAUUUCCAGCCAUCGUGGAUUCACAGCUGAAGUGAAUGGACUAUAGGUAUAAAAACAUUCUAAAUCAAUCAGUCAAAGUGGCUGCCCUUCCAUUUCUCAAGUAUUAAUAUUCCUUUUGAAUAAAAAAGUCUUUCCUUUUGUUAAUGCAGCAAUUAUUUUGCACACAUGUGUAUGCAAAAAGACACCAAUACAGUAAAAGUCCAAUCAUCCGAAAAUCGCAGUGGUAUGAAUUUGUAGUUUGUAUAAAGUGACUUAGAAGAAAUGUUAAAAUUAAAAGCAUUACAAAAAAAUACAUAGAAACACCAAAGGUGCCAAGCCGUGGGUACAAGA